UCGACAUACAUAUAUCUCAACUAUGUCCACGUACUAUUACAGCACGCAGAACGUCGCCUAAUGUAGCAUAUAGCCCGUCAAGAAUUUUAUAUCCCAACAUUCAAGCCAACAAUAAAGAAAUGCAUUUUUCGUGCAAAAUCUACACUAUGCAUAAGCGAAAUAUGCGAACGCAGAUUAUGGUAGCACUUCCACCGGAACGCUGCAACUUUGCGCUGCCCUUUACUACCACAGGUGUCGAUUUUUUCAAAUAAAGGCGUCCAUGCUAAGGUCUCCCACACGACAAAAGCAGUACACCUCGAGCUAUGUACCAAUCUGACAAAAGAGGCUUUCCUCGUGGCAUUUGCACGCUUCGUGGUUCUCCGUCAAAACUCAUAAGUGACAAUGGCAAAAUAUUUACAGGAGCUCAAAGAGCCACUGAAAAACAGUUUGUGUACUUUAUCAAACAAGUUUCACCUGAGAUUGUACGAAAGUACGCUCCCUCAUAUGAGUGGUUUAUGGGAAUCAGCAGUAAAAAGUUUUAAAUCCCAUUUUAGAAAAAUACAAAUUUAAUUUUGAAGAAUAUACAACAUUAUUAUUUCGUAUUAAAGACGUUCUUAAUUCACGGCCACUAACGACACUCUCGCAAAAUCCCUCAGAUCUAACAGCUCUUACAACAAGGCAAUUUCUCAAAGGAGCACCCAUUCUGACCAUACCUGAGCCAGGCGUGGAAAUAUAUGGGAAAGGAUUAAAAUUCUCCAUCAUGAUUUCAGCCACCGAUUGAAGGAGGAGUAUAUAAAGGACCUUCAUAAAAGGUACAGAUGAAAGAGUCUAGAAAAGGCGCCAAAGUCUUUGUUGACCUCCGUACUCAAAACAGAACUCUACCCGCUCGUUAAACUAUGCUUCUUACCAACCGCAGAUAAUAACGAAAAUGCACGUGAUAAACAAUUUGUACAAUAAUACCGACACGCAGAAAUUGAAACAUCUGUCUAAUACCAAACCCGAAAUAAACCGCAAAUAUGAUAAAUCAUAAAUAAUAUGUUGAUUAGUACGACCUCGACAAACCAAAUGAAUGGUUACAAACAGACUAAUUUUUCAUAAUAUAUACUAUUGAGUUGCAACUAAACUCGACCUUUUCUCCAUACAGGCAAAUAUGCAUUUAGAAAAUAGUCAAACUUCAACGCCAACAAUGCGAUUGGCCAUCAGUGUACUCCGUCCUGGGGUUGUCCCAACAGCGGCGCCCCGAUCAACCACCGCAACAACACCGUGAACUACAGCUCGUAGUACCAUGCGACACCGUCAUCACCAGCGGAGCCCCAUUGCAUACAAUGCCGCGUUUGUCGCUGCCCACACCGACUGCAAUACUGUGGGCUCUUCAAGGGGUUGUUACCAAUACAACGCCAGCAGAUAGCACAGGCACAUGGGCAUUGCCAGAAUUGUCUGGCACACACGCACGCAACUCAUGAAUGUGAUUCAGGGGUUUUUGUGGCAGGCAGCAUCACACGCUGCUCCACUGCACCCCGAGACGUGAGGUCGGUCAGCCACCUGCCCCUCGCAGCCCCGGCACAAUCAUACAGCAAACCAGCCGUGUGGCACGGCGGCGAAGACCGGCGCCUCUCCCUGAGUCCCGUCUAUGGCGUCAGCGAAAUACAGAAUCGACAAGGCGUCAUCAAAGGCCGCACCAUCGACGUACUUCCGGACUCAGCAACGUUGUGGCAACGUUGCAGCAGCUUCGCCUAGGGGGGCUGGGAUGGCUAAAUGAGUUAAGCUUCCCGCCCUCAUGCCCCACUACACCACACCACUCACAAGCAACACUGGCACAUACACCACACUUGAAGACACCCUGCCAACCACGGCUACCCGCUUGUGACAAAUAUUCCAAUACAACCACACAUUUUUUCUCUAUGCACUAACACCAAAGCACAUUUUCGGGUUAUUUUUUGCAAUGAAAAAAAGUUCCUUUCAUUUCUUGAUUUAUUUGAAUGAGUGCGAAGGAGAAAACGUAAUUGUCAAUAGUGCCAAAAGAAAAUCCCAAAAAGGGUAAUAAAAAAACGAUUGAAAGACGCAUGUCAUUCGUGAUCGUACUGUCGUAAAGGAGGCUCGUACAACAAGAAGGUAAGUGAAUGUUUUUUUUUAAAUAAUUUGCAAAUAAUUACUUCAUUUGUUUUUACAGCAUUGGAAUUAGCAGCUGCAGCAAUAUCAUCAGAAGCAGCAAAUUUAAAUUGUUAAGUUUUAAUAAUUCUUUUCUUUAAUUAAUCUUUUUUCAGAUAUUCAGGGGUGUUGUGAAAUCCAAGACAGAAUUGCUUAGCUGUCAGAAUUGCAAACCAAUUCUGAUUUAAAAUGGUGUCACAGAAUCUGAUUGGAUUUUCGUCUUUUCGAACAUAUGCAAAACCAAUAUUCGAAUCAGCUGUUUACUUAUGUGACAAAUAUUGUGAAUGCAAUUUGAAUAAAAUUUGAAAUGAGUUCGGCAAUAUUAGCUUUCCUUUUAUUAGAGGAAGAAAGAAAUGAAAGAAUUAAACGUAAAAUAUUAAGGGAUCAUAGUAACCCACUUGAUGCUCCAGGAGAAUCAUUCAUAUCACAUUAUCGGCUGAAUAAAGACGCAUUUAUUAUGGUGUUAAAUAUAAUAGAACCACAUUUGCAGCCCACGACUAUUCCACCGAUAAUUCAAUUGGCAGCAACACUGCGUUUUUUAGCAGAAGGGGCUUACCAACGGGGAGUAGGCCGUGAUUCUUGUAUCAGUUUGGCAAGAAGCACGGUGUCGCAGAUUUUAACAAAAGUGAUGUGCCUCUUAGAGAAUUACAUUUGCGGUCAGUGGGUAAAACUUUCUAUGGAUGAUAGCGAAAAAUUGAUUUCAAGAAAUCACUUUUUUGGAAAGUACAAAAUACCCGGAAUAGUCGGUUGUAUAGAUGGAACACAUAUAAAAAUAAUAAAACCACCUGAUAAUGAGCAUUUAUAUUUUAACAGAAAGGGAUAUUUUAGCAUAAAUGCGAUGAUAAUUUGUGACAACGAUAUGCAAAUACGUGCAGUUGAUGCGCGGUAUCCCGGUUCAAGUCAUGAUGCAUUCAUCUGGGGUAUGAGUCACGCUAAACAAUAUUUCCGUACACAGUAUGAGAGUGGGCAGCGUUCAUUGAGGUUGCUGGGCGAUUGCGGCUACGGAAUUGAACCAUUUUUGUUAACACCUUAUAGAGAUCCACAGUUUAACUCAAUGGAGUAUAAGUUUAACAUAGCACAUACGGCUGCACGGAAUAUUGUGGAAAGGACAAUCGGAGUUUUAAAGAGCCGUUUCCGAUGUUUAAUGUCCACAUUACAUUACCGCCCUGAAAAAGUGGUUAAAAUUGUAAACGUCUGUUGUGCCUUACACAACAUCUGCAGACGUUACAACAUUGAAUAUAAUCAGGAAGUAGUAAUUCUUGCAAAUGAGACUGACGAUGACAAUUUUUUCCACUCUGAUAAUGGUUCAAUGCAGAGCGAAGGCCGGAGAAUAAGAGACGAAAUAGCAAAUACUUUGUAACUCAAUGAAUUUAUUUCUUAAUUUUAAAUAUAACAGUCUUCAUGACUAAACUAAAA